GGCGGAAUACAGUCGAGGCGACAGGGAUACCGUUUCUGUAUCGAUCAAUUUGAAAUGAUGCUGUCCACAUUCAUCGCAGUGUUCUGAUCGUUCCACUAACGUUAGUAGACGUGGUUCAAUGUGCAGUGUUUAAGAAGGUAUGGCGCAUCUACGGGGAUAUAACCGCGUUAUUGGUAUCGUUAGAACUACAAAUUGGACGAAUCGAAAAGUGACAACUAUCACAAGUACACGUGCAGGUGACCACGUCGUCAAAACCACGCAUUAUGCAAACGCCAGACCAUUCAAAGAGAUACCAGGACCACGCCCUCUGCCGGUGAUUGGGACUGCAUACGAGUAUUUACCUUUCGGACCAUACACAUUCGAAACGAUGUAUGAGCACGCCAUGUUCGAUAAGCAAAAGAAGUAUGGAAAUAUUUGGAAAGAACCGAUGUUGGGGCGCCCAGCUGUUUUUGUUGUCAGACCGAAAGAUAUUGAGACAAUGUUCAGAAAUGACGGCAACAUGCCAAAAAGAACACCACUUGAUGCAAUCACCCGAGUCAGAAAGAUGGCUGGACUAUCCCUUGGUCUUGGAAAUAUGCAAGGUAAAGAAUGGCGUCGAGUAAGAAGCAGUGUUCAGAGAUACGUGUUGAGACCAAAGGAAAUAUCAAAAUUCCAUCAAGACUUGGACGUUGUUGCUGAGGAUUUCAUUCAGUUGAUGAAAGAACUGCUUGUAGAAAAUGGCGAAGUCCCAGAUUUUCAGAAUGAAGUGUAUAAAUGGGCGUUGGAAUCUGUAUGUUUCAUUGCACUUGAAACACGCCUUGGCUCCCUCUCACCGCACAUGGAUGCCAAUACAAGAAUGAUCAUAGACAACACUCAUGCCUUUUUUGAGACCAUGGGCAAGCUGACUUACUCAGCGGGUCUUCACAAGAUAAUCAGUACUCCUACAUGGAGGACGUUCGUCAAAAGCCAUGAGAUAUUAUACAGAAUGAUAAAGAAGCCAAUUGAUGCCAUCAUACAUUUGAUUAAUGAAGGGAAGAUCGACAAAGGGGAAAAGAAAUUCCUAGUUACGUUAUUAUCAAUGGAAGAUAUCUCUUAUGAAGACGUAAUGAUCUCCGCAUAUGAAUUAAUAACCGGUGGCAUUGAAACAACAACUCACGCGUUAAUAUUCAACUUGUACAACUUGGCAACAAAUCCCGAAAAACAAAAGAAGUUGCACGAAGAAUUGGUUGGAGACACUAAUCAGGAAAUGCGUUAUUUGAAGGCAUGUAUUAAAGAAACUUUCAGAUUAUUCCCUUUAACAUUGGGAAACACAAGAGAUACAAGCAAAGAUAUGGUCUUGUGCGGUUAUCAGAUUCCAGCAGGGUUGGUCAGAAAUUUCAAGAUUGAGUGGCAUCACGGAGAAAUGGGCAUGACCUUCUGUGUACUUCAUAAGCCUAAUAUGCCGGCAAGAUUCAAUUUUAUCGAAAGGUCGCCAUCAGAAAGACCAAUGGACCCGUAA